AUGGAAGCCUCUCUCUGUGCAUUCCCCACCUCGAAAUCCCUUCCUAUCCACUCCCAAUCCCAGGUUCUGACACUAAAUUUCACCCGGAUCCCCGACCCCAGUCGCCGGAGGCAGCCCGCGUUAGGGCUUAGGACCCCGUCCCUGCCGCUCAUCCGUGGCGCCAUCAGCCGCACGAAGAAGGAGGCCACCGUGGAGGUCGUGAAGCAGCAGCUCGAGAAUUGCUACCUCGUCGCCGGCAUCAAGUACAAGGGCCUCACUGUGAAGGAGCUCCAGGAGCUCCGUAAGAGCCUGCCGGAGUCGGUGAAGCUGGUAGUCGCCAAGAACACGCUCGUUGGGAAGGCCAUCGAGGGGACUCCCUGGGAGGCACUGAAGCCUUGCAUGAAGGGGAUGAAUGCCUGGAUGUUCGUGCACACCGAAGAGAUCCCGGAGGCGCUCAAGCCUUACCGCAGCUUCCAGAAGGAGAAGAAACUCGAGGACAACGAUUUCACAGGAGCGGUGUUCGAGGGGAAGUUCUACGGGCCAUCGGAUUUUAAGGCUCUGGAGACGAUGCCGUCGCGAGCGGAAGUGUACGCCAAGUUGCUUGGGUCGUUGCAGAGUCCCGCAAUCUCUCUAAUCUCGACGCUGCAAGCCCCGGCCAGGGAUCUGGUGCUCCUUCUGAAGGCUCAUGUCAAGAAAUUGGAGGAGGAAGGCUCUGGACCCCAAUAG